CGACAUCAUCUCUAACAGAGUAAUUUUCUCCUUGUCGUUUCUCUGUAUUUCGCUAUCAUGGACGUUACAUUUCUUUAGCAGACUCCAAAUCUCCAACUGAGUUAUACGUUUCAUUCAUCUUCCCCAGACGCCAUUCCUUCUCCGCAAUUCCCACUAAUCGCCAAUGCCUUCCCAGACAACAACGCCGCCGCAGAUUCGCCUGAGUUCGGCCACCUGGCCGCCCUUCUUCCUGUUCUUCCUGUCCCCUGUUUUAGUAGCCACUCUGCUGGUCUACCACCUCGACUCGUUCGACCCGGUCCACCUCCCGCUCCACGAGUUGGCUCAGCCUCCACUCAAAGCUCCAUUAACCAACCACGCCAUCCUGAAAAGCUCCGAGUUCGUGGGACAGGGCCAGCUCAACGGACCUGAGGACAUCCUCUACGACGCCGUCUCCGGCGUCUUCUACACCAGCUGCGUUGACGGCUGGAUCAAGCGAGUCACGGUGAACGAGUCGGUUGAUGAUAUGGUGGUGUCGAGCUGGGUCAACACCGGCGGCCGGCCGCUCGGACUCGCUUUCGACCGGACCAACGAUGCGUUGGUUGUAGCUGACGCUUACAAGGGGUUGCUAAGAGUGAGCAGAGGUGGAGGAAUAGAAGUGCUGACUGUGGAGGCAGAAGGGGUGAAAUUCAAGCUGACGGAUGAGGUAGCCAUAGGAGAAGACGGGGCAAUGUAUUUCACGGAUGCUUCUUAUGACUACAAUGUGGCAGAAUCCAUUUUCGACAUUUUGGAAGGGAAGCCGCGUGGCAGGUUGCUGCGAUACGAUCCUGCCACUAAACAGACUGAAGUUCUGCUCCAUGAUCUCUACUUUGCUAAUGGAGUCGCGAUUUCCCCGGAUCAACAGUCCCUCGUCUUCUGCGAAACACCCAUGAAAAGGUGUAGGAAAUACUACAUAGAGGGGGAGAAGAAAGGGAAGGUGGAGAAGUUUGCUGAUAAUCUGCCUGGAGUCCCAGAUAACAUCCACUAUGAUGGUGAAGGCCACUAUUGGAUUGCGUUUCCCGCGGGAAUCAAUGCCAUGUGGGGUUUUGCGUACAAACAUCCCAUCCUCCGGAAGGCUAUGGCGAUCCUGACAAAGCACCUAGGGCCACUGCCAUUGGAGAAGGACAGCGGGGUUUUCGUGGUGGAUUUGGAGGGGAAACCUGUUGCGCAUUACAGCGAUCCUCAACUCGCGAUGGUCACCAGUGGCGUGAAGAUUGGAACUCACUUGUAUUGCGGCUCCCUUGUAGAGAACCGCAUCCUUCGCCUUGAUCUGGCUAAGCAUCCAGCACAGCAGACUGCAUGAAACGUGAAAGCCAAACGAACGAACGAGAAACAUAAACCUCGCACUUAGUUGCUGCUGCUGCUACAACUGUUGCACUUGUAAUGAUGGUACACAUAAUGUUGUUGUAUUGUUUUACAUGAAAUGGGCUAGAUUUAACUUCCAAGUAAGAUCAACAUGGCUCGAAUUCGUCAGCGAGAACCCGAUACUUGCAGCAGACUUGACAGACAAGGCAUACAAGAUACAACUCGUGAUAUAACAAACAUCCAGACUCAGAUUUUAUUGCUCCAAAUUGCAGACCCACCAGCCACAAAGGCAGAACGCAGAAACAAAUAGAAGAAGGUUUCUUAUCUCAUUAUCACAAAGCAACACGAAAUCUGUUUGCAACAAAUUCUGGCCUAAAUG